UUUACCUACUUUCCUUGUCAAUGUACAAAGUUGUAUUUACAUUGUUUAAAACCCAAUUAUUGGUGUCAACUUCAGCUAGCUAACAAGUUCACCAAUGUUCCCCGCAAUAAGAUAAUAUUAACUCGCAUGAUGGAGCUAACAUUAGCUAGAUAGUGUCAGCUACUGUAGGCUGUUAGCUAAAUUGUAUAGGCUAUUUGAUUUUAGCUGUAGCGAGCUCUCUGACAUUGUUCACUAGCAAGGGGUUUAUUAAAAUAAGCUCCUACCUCUUCCAGACAAGCUUAGCUACCUUUAGCUAACCAACGUUAGGUAUUCCAGACUGGAAUCUGGUUAGCUAACGUAACUAGUUAGCUAACAUUGAAUAUGGCUCGUGCCAGCCAUGCGUGCAGAAGUUGCACCCCUGUUUUAGCGAAUACUUUUUAAAGUAACUAUGUCUGGUCUCACGCAUGCAGCAUUGCAAUUACAAAGCUUUCUAACCAUGGUAAACGUUACACAAGUCGUUCGUUGUGAAUCUAUUUUUUUGGAGUGUGUCAACCCCAAGUUAAUAAAUCAGUCCAACAGAGAACAACAACGUUAUCACACACUGACUGCACCCAAAUAAUACUCGUUACCUGACAGCUCAGAUCUGUUAGGGUCGUUGUUUACCAUGGUUGUUACUAUAAUACGUGUGAUUUGAUGGGAAAGGACAGCUUUGGACAUAGGGAGUUUGGUUGAGCACCAUCCCACAAAAUAAUGAAGAAUAAAGCACUUUGUCAGAAAACAAACUUUGAGUUACUAUUUGCAAACAUUAUUGUAUUUUACAGGUUCACACAGACCAGAAGUCCAGCUGUAAACUAGCUUGCUUUCAAUCAUUGUUACUCCAUGGAAUGGAGCAAAGGUUGACCUCUCAUGCAUAGAGUAUGAAAAUGGCUGCAGGUAGCACUUUAACUCCAUGUUCGUCAUUGUGAAAGGUUUCCCUCUCACCCCCUCUAAUGUUUAACACUGGAUCCUUUGUGGAACUUGUAAUGGAAGAGUGCUAACAGGAAUCUCUACUCAUUGUCUGCUUAGAACAUCUGAAUUGGUGGUUUAGGCCCUACUCUCUGGUUUCUAUGAAAAAUCCUAUAGCAAGCCUCUUCACUAUAGCAAUACCACUUAGUCAUUUGAUACAGUCAGAGGUAGACUUGGGACCCCAGUGUCCACUGUCAGGCCACUACCAUGGUGGGCAAAGACGCUAUGGUGAGUGGGGACAGGGCUGUGGAGGAAGAGGCUGCACUGGACUUGAAGGAGACCUCCCCUGGAGAGCCUGACCCUGAGAUGGCUCUUCCCCCACCUGAGGACCCCUCAGACGGCCAGACCAAGACCGCCCGGACCUGGGAGUUGUCGGUGGUGUUCCUGUGUUUCUAUGGGUUUAUGGUGCAGCUGAAGCCUGGGGAGCCCUUUAUAACACCAAACCUGCUCAGCAUGGAGAAGAACUUCACCAGGGAACAGGUGACAAAUGAGAUCAACCCGAUCCUGUCUUACUCCUACAUGGCGGUGCUGGUGCCAGUCUUCCUCCUGACAGACGUCCUGCGUUACAAGCCCGUCCUGGUCCUCUCCAGCCUCAGCCACGUGGCCAUCUGGCUCCUCCUCCUCCUGGGCUCCUCGCUCUUAGAGAUGCAGUUCAUGGAGUUCUUCUAUGGCAUCACCAUGGCAGCACGCGUGGCUUACUCCUCCUAUAUAUUCUCCCUGGUCACCCCAGAGCUCUACCAACGUGUGGCCAGCUACUCGCGCUCUUGUGUCCUCAUGGGGGUGUUUGCCAGCUCGGUGCUGGGCCAGGUGCUGAUAUCCGUGGGCAGGCUCUCCUUCGCCACGCUCAGUGCUGUCUCCUUGGCCUUGGUGUCCUUCGGCCUGGUGCUCUCCUGCUGCCUGCCCUGGCCCAAGAGGUCCCUGUUCUUCAACAGGGCCCACCACGCUGCCCAGAGGAACCUCCAGGAGCAGGCUGCCGCCCAGUCAGAGCUGGCCAGGAUGAAGCAGGGCGAAGCGGGCUUGGGUUCAGGUGACACGCCCUCCCUGGCCCCUCUCAGCUCUGGUUCCUCCUGGAGGGACUCAGUGUUUAUUCAGAUGCUGAAGGAGCUGAGGAACGUGCCGCGGAGGCCCAGCCUGAGACUGUGGAGCCUGUGGUGGGUGUUCAACUCCGCUGGCUACUACCUGGUGCUGUUGUACAUCCAUGUCCUGUGGAACAAGGUGUACCCCGCCACGGAGAACAAACACGUCUACAACGGAGGGGUGGAGGCUGUCUCCACACUACUGGGUGCGAUCACGUCGUUUGCAGCGGGCUUCGUGAAGAUCCGCUGGAACGUGUGGUCUGAGCUGGUGAUCGGCGUCAUCACGGCUCUACAGGCUGGCCUGCUGCUCCUCAUGGGGACCACCAGCAACAUCUGGGUCUGCUAUGUGGCCUACUCCCUCUUCAAGGGUUUCUACCAGUUCCUCGUGCCCAUCGCCAUUUUCCAGAUCGCCUCCUCGCUCACCAAGGAGCUGUGUGCCCUGGUGUUUGGGGUCAACACUUUCCUGGCGACCGUUCUGAAGUCCAUCAUCACCCUCAUCGUCUCUGACAAGAAGGGUCUGGGACUAGACGUGCACUCCCAGUUCCUGGUCUACUUCUUCUACUUUGCCUUGCUGACGGUUAUCUACCUGGGCUGUGCUGCCUUGGUCAUCAUUCGCCACUACAGGAACCAAUCGGCAGGAGGUGGAGGGGACACCGACCAGGCCACGCCCACUGAGCUAUGUACCGUACCAUCAAACCCCUCGGAGACGGAACCUCUGUCCAAUGGGAACAACGUGAAGGCCUGAAAGGGAUAUUCCGGAAUGUUGGCAAUGAAGCUCUUUAUCUACUUCCCCAGAGUCAGAUUAACUCGUGGAGACCAUUUUUAUGUAUCUACAUGCAAUUUAAAGGAAUUUGCUACCUAGCGUUAGCCAAAUUGCUAACUACCGUUAGCGUAAUGACUGGAAGUCUAUCGGAACAGCUAGCAUGCAAGUUGUUCAUGUAGAAUUCCUGUCAUUGCGCUAGCUAACGCUAGUUGGCAUUGGAUCGCGAAACUACCUUGAACUUCCUUCAUACUGGAUGCAGAGACAUACAAAUGGUAUCCAUGAGUUCAUCUGACUGUGUGGAAGUAGAUAAAGGGUCUCCUUGCCAAAAUCCUCAACUAUCCCUUGAACAUUGUGUCAUCUUUACAUCAACACCUAAACCCCCUACACUGACUUGGAGUGAUCUAAACGGUCUGGGAAUCUCUACUACGGUUUCCACACGACUGCACAAGGACAGAUGAGACUUAAGAGGUGAGUUGAGACCUCAUGACACUUCGUUGGAUGUGUUGGGGGAGUGUAGUUUACCAGUGUUAGUGAACAGUCACUGUUCUCAGCCCUUAGUGCCUUAUCCGUUAUAUCCAACGUGUAUUCAGUUCACCAAAAGGAUGUUAUUAUGGAAUACAUAUUUUUUUCUCAAUGUUUUUAAAGAAUUACAGGCAGGGCCCACAUACAUUACUACAAGAUUUUAAAAAAGCUCACUCGAUCAACCCUAAUGGUCUUGUAAGCAGCGGUGGAAAGAUACCUUCAUAGAAAUGACUCAAGUAAAAGUCUAAAAGUAUUUGGUUUUUAAAUAAACUUAAGUAUUCAAAAGUAAGAGUAUAAAUGAUUUCAAAUGACUUAUUAAGCAAACCAGAUGGCACAAUUGCAUUUUUUCUUCAUCAGUAGCCAGGGGGACACUCCAACACUGAGACAUCAUUUGUGUUUUGUGAGUCCGCCAGAUCAGAGGCAGUAGAGAUAACCAGGGUUGUUCUUUUGAUAAGUGUGUGAAUUUGACCAUUUUUCUGUCCUGCUAAGCAUUCAAAAUGUAACGAGUACUUUUGGGUGUCAGGGAAAAUGUAGGGAGUAAAAUGUACAUUAUUUUCUUUAGGAAUGUAGUGACGUAAAAUUUGUCAAAAAUAUAAAUAGUAAAGUACAGAUACUUCUUAAGUAGUACUUAAGUAUUUUUAAGUACUUUACACCACUGCUUGUAAGUAGCAAUACAUGACCUUGUAUGCGGCUCAAAUCACAUUAUUGUGGAAGCACCUCUAAAAGAAUGAAUUAGGCUGUUUGGGAAGGUUUGCAUCCUAAGCAACCUGCCUCAACAUUGUUUCGAAGUACGAUUGACCAGCAUAUAGCUACUGUAGUAGGUACAUUUAAGGAAUUUUCUUUUUCGGCUUUAAACCAAUCCCUACUUCUCACUCAAACAGUGUUUUGUUUUUAAUAGUCAGAGUUUGGGCCUAGUUGUCAGCCUAAUGUUCUCAGAGAGACUGUUGACAUGUACUUUGUAGUGGCUGCUUUGCUCUUCUUAUCCCAGAAACAUCCCAAAUGGUGUUAUCCACGGGGGAUUAUGUUCAGAGUUUUCCAAAUACAGGGUAAUCAUAUGUUCCCUAAUAAUGUUGAAGCACGUUUGUUUUUGUAACUGACUGAGAAAAUACUCAUUUCAAGUAGAGGGGACCAAUAGGAAAUUAUCUAUAGAAACAGUCUAACUAAUUCUACUGGACUACUUCUUCUACUGAUGGAAAAAUAGCCUGUUAUAUUCAGCAAAUGAUUCACUGUUUUUCGAUCAUUAGGAAUUCUCGACAAUUGCUGUAAUUCUAUUGAUUAACAAAAACCAUAUUUUGAAUCUGUGUGUCUAUUGUUAGCUGUACAGAAGUCCUCCAGUGAGAGAGGUGUGCCUUACAGGAUCAUGAUUACUAUGUGAUCACAUUAGCAUUGCUUUAGAUUAAGUAGACACGUGACAGGAUGCAUUUUUGGGCUGCUGAAUCUUCCUGAAGAUUUUUAUUUGAAGAGUGAAAAGAUUUUCUAAAUGAAGCCCUUUGUGUGUAUGUUCACUACACUCCCAUUGUCUUAGGUUUAAUCAGCGAUUGCUUGUGAACAAAGCAGAUGCCAAUUGUUUUAGGGCCUUCAAACUAACCAUAUCAGUGGACUUUUAUUUUUAAAAUGUCACCUUUAUUUAACCAGGUAGGCCAGUUGGGAACAAGUUAUGCUUGCUGCCAGUGAGUAAUUCAAUGCACCUUGUGUCAGGAAGUGUUUUAGCGACCAUGUUGUGUAUAGUUUUGCUUACGGGAGAGUGAGGUAAGUUGAGCCAUUUUUUCCGUUCAGCACUUACGUUCAAACACUUUGUAGUUUAUAUAUAUAUAUAUAUAUAUAUAUAUUUUUUUUUUUAAACAUUGGCCAGGCCCUGUUACCUCAUAUCCCAGCGAUAAUGCCUUGCAUUAUGCCUGGGAUGAAAACACUUCAAUUUGCUCAACUUGCCAUUGGUUCAACUUUUACCCCAAGACAAACAUUUUGAUUAUAUUAGCACACACACAUACAAUAAAGCACUUUCAUGCUGAUGUAUAGAAUAAUCUUAAAAUUAUCUACUUUGCUUUAGAUACAAGCAUCAUGAAACCUCUAUAACAGAAAUUAAUUUGACUUGGUGAAAAUCUUUUUUUUAUUUUUUAUUUUUUUACUUAACUUUUUCUAAAUGGUUUCUUCCUUCAGACUCCAUGAAUGACACCUCUUCCUAGAUAUUUGGUCAAAUUAUAACAUUUUGUGUAUAGUUUCCUAGAAACAAGGGUGGCUCAAUUUACCUCUUUGGCUCAACUUACCCCACUCUCCACUAUUUUUGUUUAAAUGUUUUCAUGCAGAUUUGUCUUUUCUCCACCAGCAGUGCUAAUCAUCCGUUCAUUGUCAUCUUUUCUAAUAGGAAGCCCUCAUGAAUGUGAAUGUGUAAACUGGAGUAUAGUUGUUAUGAACUACUGCAAAUGAGUUUGAGGAUUUAGCAAUGAGCUGGCAGACCUUUAUUCCGCAUGUUUUUUUCGAAUGAGCUAUUUUGUAUUGUUUUGAUGCAGGGGUUCUCACAACGUUUUUGCUUUAUGACCCACCAAUUGAGCUGUGUUUUGCCGUUUCAAAGCUCAUCCCCUGCAAUUCCACAUCCUGCCAUGGAGCUGAAAUAACAUUUUUGCAAUUUUAAAACCAAUUUCCUGCAAUUCUAUGCAUUUUGACAUGGCUGGUGUUCUUAUGCACAAACAUAACAUCAGUGGUGGCCUGAUUGUCUAGCUUUUAUUUUGUUGAUUGUAAAUUCUCAAAGAUUAUAGGCUAUUAUUGAAAAAUGUAUAGGUCCGUUCUCUUUUCUGCAUCCCAUCAAAGUUUGGGAACUACUGUUUUAAUGGAACAAUUUAUUUAUCUGUGUGCGUAAGAGUAAAAUGGUGUUUUCUUAAAUGUUUGUCACUGAGGAAAUAAAAUGCAAAAUGAAGUUGAAAAAUGUAAAUAUCUUUUAGGCCUAUAUGUUUAUUCUUUGGAAUCUGACAACUCGGGGAACUCAUAUCUGGUGUACCCUUUCCAUUCUAAAUGUGUUUAUACCAUACUUAAAGUACGCCCAUAAAUGCAGAUUAUACCUAUCCAUUUUUUAAAAUUGAAGUUGCCUUUAAUUUAAUUGCUGUGCAUAGGAAGUGGUUUGCUGAAUUUCUGUCCCCUUGAGUAAUCUUAGGACCAUCUUACUACAAAACUGAGAAAUCAUGUCAGAAUAUAGACUAUAGUAGUUGAGUGUCUAUUAAUUACAUGUAGGGUGGAUAAAAGAUGUGUGUGAACAAUACAAGCACUUAACUUGAGAACGCUAUGUACAAUGGGUCCGGAACACGAGAUAUGCAACUUGAACUUUGCACUAUUCUCUAAUUGAUUUAAAAGGUCAUAUCUCAAGGUAGGUUUCAGCAUAUAGUGAUGAGGUUGUAGAGUAUACAAUGAUUUUUACAUGGUCAUAAGGCCUCGUAAACAAAUACAAAGGUAUGAGAUUAAUUGCACCUAAUGGUCUAUAUGCCGUGCAGUAUACUAGCCAACGAGUUCAGUAUAGGAUAAGAUUUGUAACGUUAACUGUCAGAAUUGUUCAUGUUUAUUAUUGUCACACUGACUUCAAUCAAUGCCGAAUAUACACUUUGGGUGAAUGACUGAACCUAUUUUGUUGCUGUAAAAAAGACUUAUGUCAACAUUUUAUUUUUGAUUUACAAAUAAAUCAGUUUGGAAAAACAAUGUAGCAUUUGUUUUUUUAAUAAAUGUUGAUGACCUUGAGAGUGAUGGCACAGUACAUGUCACCUUAGGAAACUCCUCACCAGGGUCAUACACCGGUUAAUUCAGUGAGCUGCAAUGCUUUGGAUUUUGGAUAAAAAGCCUUAUUUAAUUUCUAUCACAGUGCAUAGACAUGAAAAACACUUGAGCACUUUUUGAGAAUUUUGAAACGCAAAAUGACAUUGCAAAACAAAAACAUAGUAAUUAGAUUUUUGAUACAAAAUGUCAUGAUUCUUGGCCCAGACUCAUCUCUUCCUCUGUCAAUACAUAGUCCAUUACUGAAAAGUGUGAAUGUUAAAACUACUUAAAAAAAAUGUUAAUCGCAAAAUAAAUACUCCUUUUAUCAAAACAUUUGAAAUA